GGUUAGGGUUCCGCCCACUGAGGUAUCUGAUCGCAGGGCAGGCAGGCAGAGUGUAAAAUGGCGCACAGCUGUCGGUGGCGGUUCCCCGCUCGGCCCGGAGGGAGCUGCAACUCCGGUACCGGGAGGAGAGCGGGCCGAACUAGGGUUACUGCCUCUCUGCGGAGUGUCUCGGGAGCCCACCCUAACGCAGCCGGGCUCGGACCCGGGUUUGAUGCUGCACUACAGGUCUCUUCGGUUAUCGGGAGCAACCUGCAGAAAUUUCGGGAUGUUUUGGGGGAAUCGAGUGACUCGAGCAGCGGGGAGGAAGAAGCAUUUGGAGGAUUUGGACCGGUGGCUGAGCAGAAAAGAAUACAGAGCUCUUCAACAACCUCUUCAGCAGGCCCACCUGUACAGGAGAAGAAGCCAAGAGGCCGUCCCCCACGAGCCCUGACUGCCCAGAAAGCUGCUGCAAGUCUACCUUCCCCCUCUUCCCUUCCCUCCCCAACACAGGCGAAACCUGAGGGCCCUGAAAGGCCAGCUGAGAAGGUGAAAAGGCUACCUGGGAGGCCGCCAGGCACUGGGGAAAAGAGAAGAGGUCGACCCCCGUCUUCAAGUAGCAAGAAAGCUUGGAGUACAGCUAGCCAUGCAGCAGGGGAGGACAGUAGGCAGGCUGGGUCUGAGUUGGGCAUGGACACAGAGGAGGACAAGGACAGAAAGGGCGCCAAGCGGACACCACUGGGCUCUGCUCAGGCACAUGACACAGAGGCAAAGCUUCCCAAAGGUGGGCGGGGUGAAUCCAAAGUUACCAACCUGAAGAGGCUAAGAGCAACUAAGCUAGCCCCUCUCAAGUCACGGCUCAAGACUUUGCCUGGUGUACCCAGACGCAGACGUGGGCGACCGCCCUCAGCUGAGCGUCUCAAAGCUGAGGCGGCAGCUGCUGCUGCUGCUGCUGCUGCACAGCUGUCUACCUCCAUUGAAUGUGGGGAAGGGAAACAUAAAGUCUUUAGAGCCAGAGGUGGGGAUAGAGGCACAGAACCACACACUCCUCAGCAGCCAGUGCUGAGGAAUGUGGAUGGUGCUGAGGAUCAGGACUCUUCCAAUCCACCUGCCUCCCCAUCUCCUUCCAAGACAGGUAGGACAGUGGGCCUCAGAAAAAGCCCUCGCCAUAGAAAACCUGUCAGGAUUGUCCCCUCUUCUAAACGCACUGAUGCAACCAUCGCUAAACAGCUGCUGCAGCGCGCUAAGAAAGGAGCGCAGAAGCGACUGGAGAAGGAAGCUGUAGCCAUCGGGGGUAAUGGGGCAGGAGCCAUUGAAGCUGGCAUCAGGAAGACCCAACUGAAGAACAUAAGGCAGUUUAUCAUGCCUGUGGUCAGCACUGUCUCCCUGCGCAUCAUCAAAACCCCCAAGCGCUUCAUUGAAGAUGAGGGCAACUUUGGAACCCCGCCACCCCAUAUGAAGAUCGCACGGUUAGAAACAGCCCCAAUAUCUGUCUCCACAUCUGCCCAACCAACCUCCACCACCUCCUCUUCCCCUUCUCCUGUACUGGUCUCCUCUACACCUGCUGUUACCAGCACUGCAGCUCCAAUUGACUCCCUCCCCCCUCCUCCACCUCCUGCCCCUGUCCCCAGUGCUCCAUCAACAGCCGCCAGUCUGCUCAACAGCAACACCAACAAUGCCGCGAAUGGGCGAUUUAGCAGCAGCGCGGCGUCUUGCGGCUCAAGUGCUGUGUCGCAGCAUUCCUCCCAGCUCUCCUCUGCAGAGUCUUCCAGGUCCAGCAGCCCCAGCCUGGAUGACUCAUCAUGCGACUCCCAGGCUUCUGAGGCCACACAGGCCUUGUCAGAGCCAGAGGAUCACUCUCCGUCCUCACAGGGAGAGAGGGAGGCCAACCUGUUACACAGCUCACGGCCUCCCUCUCCUCCCUCUGAGCCAGAGCCGGAGCAUGUGUUGACAGAGAGGAGUCGAAGAGGCCGGAGAGGACAGGGGGUCGGCAGGGGAAGUCAGAGCCAGAGGGUUAGAGACACUCACAGCUCUGGGGCUAAAAAACCUAUCAUCAGCCCACCAACAGGAGUGCUGAUAAAUUCCCAGCAAGCUUCAUCCACGGCCUCCUCCUCUUCUUCACCUCCACCUCCCCCACUCCUCACACCUCCACAGCCUCCCCAAUCAGCUUCCUCCAAUACAGCUGCUAUCAGUGAACACCACUCACAGUCACCCUGGAUGACUCACCCCAUCCCUCCAUUCCUGUCUGGACCAUCAGUGCUGUCCAGCUUGUCAGACAAACGAAGCCGCUCAAUUCUGAGAGAGCCCACCUUCCGCUGGACAUCCCUGUCCCACCCUGAACACCAGUACUUUUCCUCAGCUAAAUAUGCCAAGGAGGGCCUCAUUCGCAAGCCCAUAUUUGACAACUUUCGUCCUCCCCCCCUCACACCUGAAGAUGUGGGGCUGUUGCCCCAGGGUGUUGGUGGAGCAGGGGGAGCUGCUCCAGUGGCAUUCCCUGCACCAGGCAGUGGAGCAGGAACAGGGACUCGUCUAUUUGCCCCUCUUCACUCACACACCCACCACCAACAUCCCUCUUCAUCACGCUUCGAUGCACCACUCCACAAGCGCAGCCCGUUGCUUCGUGCUCCACGGUUUACACCCAGCGAGGCCCACUCUCGGAUAUUUGAGUCUGUUACCCUGCAGUCAUCUUCUGGAAGCAGCCCCGGCUCUCUCUCCCCGCACCAGACGUCCUCUAGCUCCAGCAGAACCUCACGGCGCAGGAGACGACUGGUCUCGGGAACAAUACGUGGCCAUCCACGGUCUCCUUCCCACUCGAUGACCAGACGCAGCAGCCAAAUAGGAGGCCCCAUGUCUGUGGGGAAAAGCUCCUCUGAGAUGUCUGUGCUAACAGGCUCUGUCUCCUGUAGUAACCCCAGCUCUUUGCCCGGGGUUUCCCCAAGUCCACUCGCCACUAGUGCCUUAACUCCUGCUCCUUUCAGCACCUUCUCCACCGUAUCCAUGGGUCUGGCUCCACAAGGGACACCUGAUAGCAGGAGAGGAGCUGCUGGAAAUCCACCUCCUUUGUCAACUACAUCAUCCACUUCUCCCCCACUUUUCCCUCUCUUUCCUUCCAGUGCCCAGGACACAGGGCGAGGAGCUGGGAAAGGAGGUAAAGAGAAAAGCUUGUCAGCUCCCCAGGAAUCCACUCCAAAGGAAAAAGAAAGAGACUCUGAGAAAAACCGAGACAAAGAGAAGGAAAACAAGAGGGAAGGUAGGAAGGAUAUGGAGAAAAGAAGUAAGGUUUCUACACCAGAUGGCUCCCCUAGUGCACCUUCCAGCCUGUUUACUGUGGAUGGGAGGGACUCGGAAGAUGCUCUUUUAUCUAUUGCUCCAAAAAAGGCUCCAGGGAGAAAAAAAUCAACGUCAGUUGACAACGUUUCUGAAACAGCUUCCUCAGAGGUACGUGGGCCCCAUUCCACUGUUCCCAUGUCCAUCGCUAAAGGACGUCUAUCAAAGAAAGGCAGACCCUCUGAGAAAGGAGCAGAGAUGGAGGAUGGGGAGAAGGAGAAAGAGAAACAAAGCGCUCCUAGCCAGCAGGCAGCAAGCCUUCCAGGGCAGCCAGGCAGACAACAGCUCCCUGUCCCCUCUCUUGGAUCAAUGUUGGCACAAGCAGAGAAACAGCCUGUGACCGACAAGCGGGUAGUUGGACUACUGAAGAAGGCCAAAGCCCAGCUCUUUGAGAUAAAGAAGAGUAAGCUGAAGCCUGCAGAGCAGACGAAGGGCCAGGGUCAAGAGAGUGACUCGUCAGAGGCCUCAGUCCGUGGUCCACGCAUCAAGCAUGUAUGUCGUCGUGCAGCUGUGGCUCUUGGCCGUAAUCGGGCAGUGUUCCCUGACGACAUGCCCACACUUAGUGCCUUGCCCUGGGAGGAGAGAGAGAAGAUCCUAUCUUCCAUGGGGAAUGAUGAUAAGUCAUCAGUAGCAGGUUCCGAGGAGGCAGAGCCUCAGUCACCUCCCAUAAAGCCACGGGAGACAAGGCAAAAGGCCGUUCAAGAAGCUCCUCCCAAGAAGGGGCGUCGGUCGCGACGCUGUGGCCAAUGCUCAGGCUGCCAAGUUCCAGAAGAUUGUGGUGUCUGUACCAACUGUCUUGACAAGCCUAAAUUUGGAGGACGAAACAUAAAAAAGCAAUGCUGCAAGAUGAGGAAGUGUCAGAACUUGCAGUGGAUGCCCUCAAAGAUGUUUCUUCAGAAGCAAGGCAAAGGCAAGAAAGACAAGAAAAAGAACAAGUUGUCUGAGAAGAAGGAGGCUGUCAAUCCGGUAAAAGGACCGAUCUCAGAGUCUGGUACCAAAACCGCUCCUGCACCACCAAAGGAGGAGCCUCCCCGCAAAAAGAGCGAAACUCCUCCGCUCAAAUUGGGAGAGGAGAAGUCAAGACAGCAGUCAUCAUCAAAGCAAUCAUCUCCCGCCCUCGCAUCUUCCCCUGCCCCAGUUGAACCUCCUCAGGCGCCCAGCACAGUCACGGCCCAGAGUCAGUCCCCAGCUCAGACACCAGACACCAAACAGCCCUCAGUCACAAGCAGCGGCACCAGUAAGAAGGGACACAAACCACAACAGUCUGUACCAACCUCUUCCUCCUCGUCCUCGUCAUCCUCCUCUUCCACUUCAUCAUCUUCUUCAUCCUCAUCGUCUUCCUCCCCGUCAUCUUCAGCCCAGAAUUCCCCCUCCCAGUCCACACAAUCACAUCAACUAUCACAACAGCAGCAACGGCCUCUUACCAGUCAGGCACCUUCAAAAAAAGAUGCUUCACCCAAGAUUUCUCUGAGCGAGCCCAAGAAAAAGCCCCAGCAGCACUCAUCACAACAGCCGAGCUCAACUACAACUAUUUCAGAUACAGUUGAAUCAAAACAGUUGAAGAAGCCAACUUCUCGCUCUGUUCCUCAUUCUCCUAAACAGAGACCAAAAGACAAGCCGCUGACCACUAAACCCCCCAGCAGCAGUACUUUAAACUGGCUAAGCACUCCCUCGACUAGGGGCCAGGCUAAGUCCAGAGCGCCCUGCGACGGAGUGCAUCGUAUCAGAGUGGAUUUCAAGAGGGACCAUGAUGUGGAGAAGGUGUGGGAGGCUGGCGGCCUCAGCCUGCUCACCUCUGUGCCUGUCACGCCCCGGGUGCUCUGCUUCUUAUGUGCAAGCAGUGGCAAUGUCGAGUUUGUCUUCUGCCAGGUAUGCUGUGAACCGUUCCAUCUCUUUUGCCUGGGGGAGUCAGAGCGCCCUCUCCAGGAGCAGUUUGAGAACUGGUGUUGUCGACGAUGCAGGUUCUGCCAGGCCUGUGGACGCCAGCACCAGAAAACUAAACAGCAGCUGCUAGAGUGCGAUAAGUGCCGUAACAGCUAUCACCCGGAGUGCCUGGGUCCCAACCACCCUACCAGACCCACCAAGAAGAAGAGAGUCUGGGUGUGCACCAAGUGUGUGCGUUGUAAGAGUUGUGGAGCCACUAAGCCUGGGAAGUCCUGGGAUGCCCAGUGGUCACAUGACUUCUCCAUGUGUCAUGACUGUGCCAAACUCUUUGCUAAAGGAAACUUCUGCCCACUGUGUGAUAAGUGCUAUGAUGAUGAUGACUACGACAGCAAGAUGAUGGAGUGUGGCCGUUGCAACCAUUGGGUUCAUGCCAAGUGUGAGAAUCUGACAGACGAAAUGUACGAGCUGCUAUCAAAGCUGCCAGAGAGUGUUGCCUACACGUGUACCAAAUGUACCGAGCGCCAUCCGGCCGAGUGGAGGACGGCGUUGGAGAGGGAGCUUCAGGGAUGCGUUCGCCAUGUCCUCACUGCACUGCUCAACUCACGCACAUCUUCACACCUGUUACGCUACAGACAGGCGGUGAAGCCUCCGGAGCUGAAUCCAGAGACAGAGGAGAGUCUUCCAUCCCGUCGUUCCCCAGAGGGCCCGGAUCCUCCAGUCCUGACAGAAGUCACCCCCACACCUCCCAGUGACUCCCCUCCAGACCUGGAGUCUGUAGAGAGGAAGAUGGAUCAAGGUCGCUACAAUUCAGUGCUGGAGUUCAGUGAUGACAUCGCGCGGAUCAUUCAGACAGCCAUCAACAGCGACGGUGGCCAACCUGAGAGCAGGAAAGCCAACAGCAUGGUCAAGUCUUUCUUCAUUCGGCAAAUGGACCGAAUUUUCCCGUGGUUCAAAGUGAAAGAGUCCAGGCUCUGGGAAAGGCAAAAAGUUUCUGCCAACAGUGGGCUUCUCCCGAAUGCUGUGCUGCCUCCGUCUCUGGACCACAACUACGCCCAGUGGCAGGAGAGACAAGAACUUUCCCGUGCUGAGCUCCCCCACCUCAUGAAAAAGAUCAUCCCAGCUCCUCGGCCCAAGACCCCGGGGGAACCGGAUUCUCCAGCCUCCCCUCCUCCUCUCCCUCCAUCUCUACCCCCACCACCUCCACUCCUACCUGAUCGUGAAGACAGCCCGGAGCUCCCUCCUCCACCAGGUGUUAGUGAUAACAGGCAGUGUGUUCUGUGUCUGAAGUAUGGGGACGAGAACACUAAUGAGGGUGGCAGGCUGUUGUACAUCGGUCAGAACGAGUGGACCCAUGUGAACUGCGCCCUGUGGUCUGCCGAGGUGUUUGAAGACGACGACGGCUCUCUGAAGAAUGUUCACAUGGCUGUUCUCAGGGGAAAACAGCUGCGCUGUGAGAAGUGUCAGAAGCCAGGGGCCACAGUCGGCUGCUGCCUCACCUCUUGCACCAGCAACUACCACUUCAUGUGUGCCCGCCAGUGCCACUGCGUCUUCCUGGAGGACAAGAAAGUCUAUUGUCCAAAGCACAGGGACCUUAUCAAGGGAGAGGUGGUGUCUGGGUUUGAGGUGACCCGCAGGAUCCUGGUGGACCUGGAGGGCAUUAGUCUCAGGAGAAAGUGGCUUGCAGGACUGGAGCCUGAAAAUGUCCACAUGAUGAUAGGCUCCAUGACCAUUGAUUGUUUGGGGAUACUGACUGAGCUCUCGGACUGCAAACGCAAACUCUUCCCUGUAGGAUACCAGUGUUCGAGGGUGUACUGGAGUACUUUGGAUGCCCGAAAGCGCUGCGUGUACACCUGCAGGAUCCUAGUUUGUCACCCUCCAGUGGUAGAGUCUGACCUAAUUGACAUGAUGGCUCCUGAGGAGAAUCGCACUAUAGCCCACAGCCCGCCCACCAUCACAGACUUUCCAGAUCCAUUUGAAUCCCCAAGGCGCUCUGACACCCUCUCCCCCGCGAACACCCCCAAGCUCAGGGUUUACACCAGGAACCGACACCCCAGCUACCCCCCUUGUCAGCGCUCACUAGGCCCCAGACCCAUGCCCUCUCCAGGAGGUACGUCUCAGCCCCAAAGCCAUGAGAUUGUGACAGUAGGAGACUCCCUGGUGAACCCCGGCAUGAGGAAUAUUGACUCACGUCGCCAUAGCUCCCCUUCCCUCUCUCCUCCUCCCCACCCGCUGAACAGACAGAGAGGGAUGACCUCCCCACCUCAGACUGUGUCUCGACCCCUUACCUCACCCCCUCCCCUCAUCCCCUCCCCGGCCAGAGACCCCGAAAAGUCCAAACACGCCAGCAGAGACUCAGCAAAGAGCCCAGUUCAGAGAGAUGAUGAAAGAGGUAGACUGUUCUCUACAGACAGAAACAGACAGCAGUCAUCCAGAGACCAAGGGUUGAGAGACACAGACAAGGGGAGGGUGUCAAGUCAAGACCAAGCUUCAAAGGACUCUGAGAAGAAUAGAUCAUCCAGAGAACUUGGGCAAAAAGACUCUGACAAGGGCGAAAUAGCAGCCAAAGACCCAGAGAAGAAGAGACCGUUAAGUAAAGACUCAGGUCUGAAAGAAUCUGAGAGGGGAAGACCUCUUAGUAGAGAUCCUUUAAGAGAUUCAGAAAAGGGGAGACAAGGAAACAGAGACUCUGAGAAGGGGAGACAGGCAAGCAGAGAGUCAAGCAACAGAGACACAGAUAAAAGCAAAUCCUCUUCUAGAGAUCCCAGCUAUAAAGAUGUUGAAAAAGCAAGGUCUCUCAGUAGAGAUGUAGGGCUGAGGGAUUCUGAGAAGCAUAGACAAUACAGCAGGGAAACAGGAAAAGACUCAGGCCAAGGUAAAGACAGACCGUCGAGCAGAGACUCUGACAAGGGUAGACCUCCCUCUAGAGACUCCAGUUAUAGAAGCACAGAGAAAAACAAAGACUCUGGCUCAGGGAAAGAUAAUAACGCUGGCGGUCAGUCCAAACAAGCUGGCAGUGAGAGUAAGAGCCCCAGACUGGUACCUGCAGGCUCAGGCCAGUCGUCCCCUCCUGUGGGCACUGCUGUUCUCACUGGGCAGCAGAGAGGAGGCAGCACCAAGCAGACAGACAAGCAGGGGAAACACGGAGGCAAAGACCAGGAUGUUUCUGCAGGUUUGUUGCCUCGUCACAGGGCCGCGCCCACCUCUAACAUCGCCCAGUCUAAGGACAAGCCCAGCUCAGGGAAGGAGAGUAGUGGUGGCACUGGAAAUUUAAUGCCAGCUUCACUCCAUAAGGACUCUGUUGUUGGGAAAUCUGGCACCCCACAGUCUUCAUUUCAGAAGUCCAAUACACGGAAAUCAAACGAUUACUCAUCAGGUCCAGCCACAGCAGCAGCUAUGAAGCCUGUGUGGCCGUCAAGGACACCAGCAGAUGAUGACGUUGUCAAGCGAGGCUCCAUGCACCUGGCCUCCCCAGCUGCAGCCUCAGCUGCCAAAGACAAACAUCCCAAAGUUAAGACGGCAGGCAGCAGAGAGGUGUCCAAAGACCGUGAAAGAGAAAAGACUUUGCAGAACAGCAACAACAGCAACAAAAUCCCCCUUCUCAACAAUAAUACUAAAGCUGCCGGCAGCUCCAACACACAUGCGACAAACCCCAGCUCUCACAACAGCAGCAAUAGCAAAGCUCCAGUGCUUGGGAACAGCACCAAAGCCCACGGGAAGGCUCAGGGGGAAAAGCUUGAGAACCAGGGAGGGGAUAGGUCAUCCUCAAAGAGCAGAGAGAAUUACUCCUGUCCUGAGAGGAAGAACAUUUCCAGUCUGGACAACUUACAGCAGCUGCAGCAGGGUGGUUUGGCUCCAGAGAAAGGAGUGAAGACCUCUUCACAGUCUCACACCAAACCAACAACUAACCAGCCGCCAUUUUCCUCUAGAGAGAAAAAGAGAUUGGUUAAACCCCCGACUGUAACUCCACAAAAGACUGAUAUCAAAACUGACCCUAAUGGGACCAGCACUGUUGGUAGUAUUUCUUCCUCCUGUUCCACGACCACUACCUCCACUGUCUCUCCUGCCGGCCAGGGGACCCGUCGCUCUGCCCGCUCCGCUCUCUUCUCCUCACCCUCUGCCAGCAGCAGUGACAGCUCUGAAUCUGACACCCAGACUCAGACAGAGGAUCUGCCCAAGGAGCUCUCACGUAGUGAGCUCCGGGAACACUGCAGCCUCCUUACUCAAGGCACAGAGGAUGAAGGUGAUGGCCCAGAAGAUGACCAUGACAGAGGCAUGGAUGAUAAACAUCACGAGGAUGACAGUGACGGUUCGGGGUCAGCCAAGCGACGUUACCCGCGACGCAGUGCCCGUGCACGCUCCAACAUGUUUUUCGGCCUCACGCCUUUCUAUGGCGUUCGCUCGUACGGGGAAGAGGACCUUCCCUUCUACGGCAGCGGAGAUGGAACCGGGGCUGUGGUUAAGAGGAGGACUGGUGGCCGCAAGAAGUCAGCUGAAGGGCAGGUGGAUGGAGCAGAUGAUAUGAGCACCUCCUCUUCGUCAGGGGACAGUGGAGAGGAUGAAGAUAGUGGGAUGAAACAGAGGGGUAAAGACCCUUACUACUACAACUUCACCCGGACAAUAAUUAACCCUGGUGAGGGCCUACCAUCUAUAGAAGGGAUAGACCAGUGUCUGGGAAGAGGAUCUCAGCUUCAGCGCUUUCUAAAAGAUGAGGAGCAGCAACAACAGAGAGCUCAAGGAAAAGCUGAGGAGGACCUGCGGAAUGCUUUAGUCCUUGGCAACAAGCAGCGGAUUGGCCAGCUAGAUGGCGUGGAUGAUGGCUCAGAGAGCGAUACCAGCAUCUGCACCACCAGCACGACGACCACUACAGCCACCUCCUCUUCCACGCCACAUAAGAGCGCUCCUAAGAGAAGAGGCAGAGAAAGGCACACUGAGAAACCUGACUCCCACGACUCAAGCAAAGAGGCUGACAGCAGCAGUGGAGCCGUAAGUGGCAACACUCGAGAAGGCAGAAAGAACCAGAAAGAAAACUGUCUUCCUCUAGGAGGCGGGGUCAAGUCCCAGCCGCAGAGUCAGGGUCAGGAUCCUCUCGAGGCCCAGCUGUCUCUCAGCACAGACCUGCUUAAAUCAGACUCCGACAACAACAACAGUGAUGACUGUGGUAACAUUUUGCCGUCAGACAUCAUGGAGUUUGUCCUCAAUACACCUUCCAUGUCCAUGCAGGCUCUGGGUCAGCAGUCUGAGCCGUCCUCCUCAGAGCUGCUCCUGGAUGAGGGCUAUGUUGGAGUGGAUGUCAAUCGGCCAAAAGACAUUCUGUUUGAUGACUUUUCCCAGCAGCUGCCCAGUGCUGAGAGUGGCGGCGUGGUGGAAAGCAGUGUGAAUAGCUCCAUAUCUGUAGAGGAGCCAUAUCUUCCUCUGGAGCUGCCGUCUGACCUCUCUGUCCUGACCACUCGCAGCCCUUCUGUCAACACCAGUCAGAAUCACACUGCUGGGAGUCUUAUCUCAGACACCACAGACCGCACCAUGCUGGGCUUGACCUCCGACCCAGAGGCAAUCAGUGGAGAAAAGAGUGGGGACAAGAAAAGAACAGGGCCAGGUGUGUCACCAUCAGAGAAUCAGCGGGAAGCUACAACUUUGGGAAACAGGGACACACAGGUCACGGAGGGUCACAUGACUCCUGAGCAGUUUAUUCCUAGCCCUGCCAUUGGCCAGGUGGUUGAGCCUCAAAGUAACCAGGAUGUUCCCAGGAGUUCUGGCACCCCUGGUUUGCCAAGUUCACCCUCCCUGCCUCUUCAGGGUCAGAAGUACCUUCCGGCAUCUGCUGCAGCUGCAGGCAGCCCCAGUCCAGUUCCUGGUCCAGGACCAUCCCAGGCUCAGGUUUCCAGCCCAGCAGUCAUCAAACCAGGACCUGACAAGCUCAUCGUGGUAAACCAGCAGUUCCAGCCUCUCUAUGUUCUUCAGACCGUCCCUAAUGGUGUCACCCAAAAAAUUAGUGCCACAGGAGUGAUGGACACCAGCUCGUCAGCAGUGCUGAGCUCUAUGACACUGACCACAGGGUUGAACACCGCUUUAUCCACGGCCCAGCCAAUAUUUCCUGCUGGUGGCAAAGUCCUGGGCACCAUGGCUCACCCCUCCCAGAUCCACACCUUUACAGGAGCCACACAGACGGGCUUCCAGACGGGAAUCCCCAGCACCACCUCAGGGCUUCUCAUUGGGUUGCCCCACGACCAGCCCCAGAUUCUGGUCUCAGAAGCUGGUCGACCACACGAGCUGGGUCACAGUGUUGCCAUUGUGUCAAGCCCCUCCUCCCUCUCUUCUUCCCCGACUGUACUCGCCUCCGCUCACGGCAAGAAGAGGCCCAUCUCUCGUCUUCAGCCAAGGAAAAGCAAAAAGCUGGCCCGCUCCCGCAGCCAGCCUACUUUGGCCCCGUCGGAAGUAGGCCCUCCCAACAUGACCCUCAUCAACCUGUCUUCCCCCCAGCUCACUGCGAGCAUCCCUGGCCAACCUGGCGGUCUGGUUGAGUUAAGCACCCUCUCCACUUCUCAGCGCAAGGUCCCAAAUAUUAUCAAGAGACCAAAAUCAGGUGGGGUUAUGUACUUGGAUCCCACUACCCUCCUUCAGCAGAGGAUUCCUGGUACUGCCCAGCCUGGUAUCCUGGGCCACGAUUCCUCCACUCACCUUAUACCUUGCACAGUCUCUGGUCUCAACCCCAGUCAGUCAGUGCUGAAUGUUGUGUCUGUGCCCCCUAGUGGUGCCACUGGCCUCCUCGCACCAGGAUCAGUUUCCCUCUCCACCCCUGUCCUCAGCUCGACCGAGAUCACAGGUCCAAUUAGCAACCUCCUGUUCAAAGCAAGUCCACACGGCUUGGGCCUGUCAGAUCAGCCAAUGGUCCUUCAAUCAGCAGGAGCUCCUCUGAUGUCACAGCUCAGCUCCUCGGGGCAGACAUCUAUAGCCAGCAGCAUCUGCGUCCUUCCCUCCCAGCAGACCUUCAGCAUGGCGGUCAACCAGCAAGGAGAGACAGAAGUCAGUAAUGUCCACUUACAGCACCAGCCUCAGCCUCUUAACAGAGCCCAGACUGUGGACUCCAGCUCAAACACCACCGUUACUGUAGCCACCCCUCUGAGCCCUGCCAAGGGACGUGUUGUUGGAGUGUUCACCCAAACACAAACCUCCGUACACUCCCAGAGCGGCAGAACAACUCCCAUUUCCAGAUCAUCAGAGCAGAGGCCGCCUAACUCCACCACUUCAGGAGCCGAAAAAGGCAAACAGAAAACUAAGAGGAGCAGGCAGAGUUCAGACACAACCAGCGUGAAGAAGCUCAAGCCCUCUCAGACAGAGGAGCAUCACGGCAACCCUGCAGGACGACAUCACUCAAACCCAAGCAGUUCCAGAGAGCUGAGCUCCCCUGAACCCAUGGACACGGGCAAACCCGCAGACAAGACGGCUAACAAGAGUGUGCUUGGUAAAAAGAAGACAUCUGAAGGUCCUGUGUUACCGGGGAAAGUGGUGGGGAAAGACAAACCAUCUGCAGCUGGGGGAGCCGGGUCCCUUCCUGUGGCUUCACCACCCGACCAAGACGGCAACAGCAGGGAUACCGGCCUGGACAGCAAACCCAAGAAGGGCAUUAUCUUUGAAAUCUGCAGUGAGGAUGGCUUCCACAUCCGCUGUGAGAGUAUCGAAGAGGCUUGGAAAUCCCUGACUGAUAAGGUGCAGGAAGCUCGCUCCAAUGCACGACUCAAAGAGCUCUCUUUCGAAGGUGUGAACGGAUUGAGGAUGCUGGGAGUCGUCCACGAGGCUGUGGUCUUCCUGCUUGAGCAGCUUUACGGCUCCAGACACUGUCGGAGCUACCGUUUCCGCUUCCAUAAACCAGAGGAAACCGAUGAGCCUCCCAUCAACCCCCACGGGUCGGCUCGUGCAGAGAUCCACCACAGGAGGUCUGUUUUUGACAUGUUCAACUUCCUGGCCUCAAAACAUCGCCAGCCUCCUGAGUACAGGCCACAAGAAGACGAUGAUGACGAAGGGCAGCUCAGGACUGCCAGGCGUGCCUCCAUGGAGUUACCACUGGCAGUGAGAUUCAAACAGCUCAAGGCCACCUCUAAGGAAACUGUUGGAGUCUACAGGUCUCCCAUUCACGGCCGAGGUCUGUUCUGCAAGAAAACCAUUGAUGCAGGGGAGAUGGUCAUUGAAUACUCUGGAAAUGUCAUUCGGUCUGUGCUCACUGACAAACGGGAGAAAUAUUACGAUGGAAAGGGGAUUGGCUGUUAUAUGUUUCGCAUCGAUGACUAUGAGGUAGUAGAUGCCACAGUGCAUGGCAAUGCCGCCCGCUUCAUCAACCACUCCUGUGAGCCCAACUGCUACUCUCGGGUCAUCACCGUGGACAGCCAGAAGCACAUCGUCAUCUUUGCCACACGGCGCAUCUACUGCGGAGAGGAGCUCACCUACGACUACAAGUUCCCUAUCGAGGACGCCAGCAACAAGCUGCCCUGCAACUGCGGUGCAAAGAAGUGUCGCAAGUUCCUCAACUGAUAUGUAAACAAUUGAAAGAGGACUGCAAGUCUGUUGAGCAGCAGUGUCGCGUUGUUCUGAGGUACCGCGGCACUGGCUCCAUUUCCUGGGUCCGGUCCACGUCGGACCACCGCUGUCAACGGGGCGCAAGCUCUGCCAGUGUCUCUGCUGCCGGUGUUGGCAGAACACAGCAUGGGGCAGCGGCUGUGGGUCGUACUGUACAUACAGGAAGGGCCAUUUUGGAGGAGGGGCCACUUGUAGAAAUUCCAGCAUAUUGUGCCUCCUUUUGUCUCAUUAACGUUUGGCACGGGAAGUUUCACCUCCAGAGGUGAGUGAUGAUGAAACGGUUUGAGCCUUCACAGCAUCGCAAUAUUAACUUUAUUUUACAUUUGGAUGAUAAAGUUACCCCUUCAGAAUUUUUUACAUUGGCCCAUCCUCCUUAAUUUUCUAUAAAUGUUAUGGUCCACUAAUGCUGAGAUGUGAACAUAGAAGAAAAAAAAAUUCAAAGAACUUGGUUCCAUUUUACACCAAAGUGCAAUUUGUUGAAGGGACUCGGAACAGUAAUUUUACAAGAAAGAAAAAUUAGAAACUUGUUAGAAUUGUUUCCUUUUUUUAAAAAAAAUCUCAGUGUCAGCUGUUACUGAUGCACAUCUCCCUGUCUGAAUGUGCCCUGAUGCCUUCAGAGCCGUUGUGAUUUACUGGAACCUUCCCCUAACCGGGCUUUUUUGUAAAAGCUUGCAGGUGUGUACAUUAAACACUGUAAAUAGGAGCUGCUUGUGUCAAAGCAGCCUGAUAAGAGCUGUACAGGUGGAAACACUAGGGGGAGCAGUGUCCACACAAAGGCAGAGAGAAACAAAAGAGACAAGGGGGAUAGAUAGAUAGAUUUGUUUAAAAAGCAAAAGGUUAUUUUUGGCCGUUGGUGUAAAGGGUGAUAUCUGAGGUUGAUAGCAUCCGUUGUACUUAAACUGACUUUUAGUCUGACAGCUUGGUAGCUAUGUAGACAUGUUAUUGAUGGGAUUAAGCUUCUGGCCUGACAGAGCGAGGCAGCUAGAGAUUCUGGUGGACUGACAGCCAAGGGACUGGAGAACCCUACUGAUGUGCUUUAGUAGACAUAUUUAUAAUUUUUUUUUUUUGUGGAGCUGUGAUCCAGAAACAGCCGUGGAUCUUACAGAGACGUCGAGACACGCGCAUGCUGCCGUUACUAUCAAACUUGUUUUUGGUAAUUACAUAAUCACGUUCCAAAUUACAGCAGCAGAGAGAACCAAACAUCACGCCCUUGAAUUGAAUUUUCACACAGCUCUUUUUUCUUCUAGGCCUGUUGUGAUAACCAUUAAUAUGGAAAAUGUUUUUUUAUUUGUAUUAAGUCUUGUUAUCUUGUCUUUUUUAUUAUGGACAGGGAAAUAUCAUGCUUGCUUUUAAAAAACAAAUGUAAAUAAUGUAUAUUUUUCUACAAAAAGACUUAAAAAGCACUCACUAGUGAAUAGCACUUAAUGAUGGUAUUUAUAUUUUUAAAAAAUCGUAUUUAUUUUAUUGCCAUUUUUUGUAGGAAAUAGAGGUUUACAAACACUAAUGCUUGGUCUCUAUGUUUUGUAUUCCGCUGCCUUUUCAAAGUUGUUUUUUGUUGUAAUUUCUUUUUUUUUUUUUUUUUUAAUUUGUAGCCUGAAUGUUUUCUUUGAUUCCAAAGACUGACACUGGUCUGUGGCUUGGUCCCAUUGAGUUCAGUCCACCAGUAGCUCUUUUAUCUAUCCCGGGCCGUUUGGUCAGACCUGACGUUUUUUUGUUUGUUUGUUUUUUUAAAAUCCAGUUCUAGCUGGCAGUAUGGCAGUCAUGUGAACUAUUAUUAUGCACUUGAGAGAGUUAAGAUUGUUGAUCCAUAGCAGAUAUCGCCAUCUCUCUCUCCAGCCUUAUCGUCUCCACACCACAUCACACCGAGAAUCGAGCCCACCUACAGGCGGCUGCCAGGCACUGGUAUUGAAACGAGGAAGUUUUUCUUGUCACUAAUCAACCAUGGGUCGACAGCCAAUUGGCACAUGUGUAAAAUCAAAGAGUCCCAUCGAAGUGUUUGUCCCUCUGCAGACUUAAAAUAAAGAGGUGCCUUUAUUUUAAUGCUACCAACAGCAUUCAUUGAACCCCGUUUUAUUAAAGAAACCACUUCAUCCUGGUGACCACUCAUCAGUGCUCAUCUGGAAAUCACUGUUUAAUUCUCAUUCAGUCUGCUCGUGGUUUGCCUUAGUUUUAAAUGAGCAUGCCUCGUCUCUCUUACAAGCCUUCAUGCCCUGGACCGAAUAUUUUGAUCAGACUGUUUCGACUGACUGGUUCCACUAUGCGACUCGAGUCUCGUUUUUGUCCCUUUUUAAUUAAUUUAUUGUCGUCCGCUGUUCAUGCUGACUUUGUUAUCACCUAAAGGCCGUUAGCGGUUCCUCCCACGCUGCUCCUUGUCAUUGUGAACUGAAACAAAAAACAUGACCCACACAUGGUUUGCACUUUAGCUGUGACACAGGCACUGAAUAGACAUAGGAAGACUCUUUCUCCAGACAGACAACCCCAAUGCUGAAACCACAAGCACAGUUCGUCACUGAGAAUACCAUGUGCAUCAGGCCCCUGAUCUUAUAUCUGACUUGGAUCACGACGGGUUAGUCUUGAUGAUUCUUGAGAGUGGCGUUUGAGGCUCUAGCAAAGUGCACUUGACUCUUUUUCUGCAACAAAGUGAAGGCAGGGACCACGCCGGCAGCCCGAUCAUUUCUGAAGGUGCAGUGUGUGCAGACCGCGGCUGUUCUUUUCCAUUUUGGGCCCAAGAUCAAGGCGCCCCCCUAACCCUGCCUGACGGGCCGGCCUCGCAGUCGCACAGCUGCACCUACAUCGGGCUCGCUGAGUUCAGCUGCUAAGGUCAACAAUGAAUGUAUAUUCCUCCUCCACGUCACCAGACUUGCGAUGAUGUUGAUACCUUGUCAGCUACAUUUGUUUUCAGUUCUUGUGUCGACAACGUUGGUAGAUACGGACAAUGUGUAGACCUCAAAAUCGGGCGGCAGUUUCAUUUCAGCACUGGGAAUAAUACUGAAGUGUGAACAGCAGUGGCAUUUCUGUCUGCAGGACAACAGGUUCUUACCGGGUUAGAUCAACACUUCAUGCUAGCGUCGGCGAUAACAGUUUGCUGAUGCCAAGGGCUCUGUCUACGGCUCUCACCUCUCGAGAUCCACUUCUGAAUUUUCAGUGAACAAUAAGUCAUUUAUUUCACUGUUCAAUGGCGUACAGUAUAUACAAUAAGGAAAUGGUCUCUGUUGUUUCUUUGGACUUCAUUUUACCACGCCACACCAGUGGCCCUUCUCCGUCAUUAUCUGUAAUUAUAGUAUAAAUACAUAACAAUAUUAUACGGAAACAUGCAUAGUAAUUUCUUGUACUUUAGUAUCUAUACAAUAUAUGGAAUGGACAGACAAACUUAGUUACAGUAGCAAAACAGCAGAUUUAUAAUGGUUAAUAGCAAUGUUUCAAUGUACUCUAUAAUGGUUUUGUGUUACAGUACUAUCAGAUGAAACUAACGUGCAUCAUUCUUUUGUAUAUUGAUAUCCAGUACCAAUUUUGCUGUGCCUGUGUGUGUUCCUUCGUCAGCAAGGAGCGCUGCAGUUUUUCUUUUCAUUUUCUUUCUGGAAAGGAACGGUUUUUAUGUGAUGAGAAAUGUAACUGUAUUAAUGUGGUUGUGAACUUCUUGAGGUCUGCCAUUUUGUUGUUUUAUUCCCCCCCGGUUGUUGUAGUGAAUGUUUUUCUGUUUUUUCUUUGUACGUUUUAACAGGGACUUUUUUUUUUAGACUUGAUGUGGUAUAAAUUAAGAGAACGGUUUGUGGAGACUGACCAGGAGUUUUAAAGAUCCCACCAAAAUGGCGUUUCGUUUUUUAAUCCAUUUUGGGAAAAAAUCUCCCGCGUCUCCCCGACCACCUCUCUCUCCUCCGAAGCUUUGGUUGUACUUAAUGUGUACUGUUUUUUGUAGAAAGUCAUAAUGCUGAGAUGAUGCUGAUGUUGAAAACAUUUAAUUUAUUUAUUUUGUGCAACAUCCACCCUGAAUUGUUCUUUUACAAGUCAAGGUUCGGGACAGGUACGAGUACGUUAACAUGUAUUUGUAAUUUUCUAAUUGUUUCUUGUGUAUAGAAGUUAUCAGCCUAGGAUGGGAUGUGGUGUCACAGAGAGCGGACUACAGGAUGUGCAACAAAAAAAAACAAAAACAAAAAAAAGAGGGAUGGUGGAUCAUGAACAGGCUCGUUUCUUAUGCCUUGAAUAUACCUUUGUCUUAUCAAUAUUCCUCCUGCUCUCUGUAAUAACGGUAUUCAUGAGUUCAACAGUCAUAUUUUCUCCCGUUUUAACAGUGUUCUUUCAGUACACAUCAACAAAAUGAAGGAAAACCACCACAGUGAAAAUAGACCACAAACUACUUGGUUGAAUGUAUAAUUAGGAAACAAAGCUGUACAUAAGUGUAAAAAGAAAAGUUUCUAAUCAUGUUUAUUUUCUAUGCACUUUUUUAUUUAAGUGAUAGUUUAAAUAAUAAACAUGUCUCCUUUA